AUGGAAAUAGAGCAGCCAACAAGAUGGACGGACGUAACGAAGGAGGCGUCUACGAUAGGGGCGCAGCAGUCAAACAACAAGGCGUGGGGCGAGGCGUGGACAAGCGAAGGGAUCGCGUUGGCUUCCUUCCCGUACCAUGAUAGUGCUCCUGGCCAUGAUUAG